GGAGCAAAAUGAAUCAGUAAAACUUCAAACAACAAAUUUAAUGGCUCCUGUUACUUUAAAAUACACUACUAUAGAACAAGAGUAGGGUUCUGUUAAUCUUAUUGGCAGGCCAAAGUCCAUUGGAAGCUUAAUCAGGAUGCCAAGGAAGUAUUAGCUGAUUAAUUUCAUGUUUGCAGUCCUUCCCAGCUUUGGAUUCUAAGCCUUCUAUUGCAUUAGUAGUAAGGAAGAGUGUCAAUGGAUCCAUCUGUGGCCGUUGCUCUUGGCUUACUGCUGUGUAUCUCAUGUCUGCUUUUCAUUUUAUCAUGGAGAAAGGGCUUUGGAAGAGGAAAGCUUCCACCUGGUCCUGUUCCUCUUCCCAUUAUUGGCAAUAUACUACAGGUGGACCUUAAGAAUAUCCCUCAAUCUCUUUGCAAGCUAGGGAAACAAUAUGGCCCAGUGUUCACUCUGCAAUUUGGUGUUGAGCGUGUUGUCGUUUUACAUGGAUACAAGGCAGUGAAAGAAGCUCUGAUUGAUCAUGGCGACAAGUUUGCUGACAGAGGACAUAUGCCACUUUUAGAAUUCGUUAGCAACGGAUUAGGACUUAUCAUAAGCAAUGGAGAGAGAUGGAAGCAAAUCCGCCGCUUCUCUCUCAUGACCCUGAGGAAUUUCGGGAUGGGGAAGAGGAGCAUUGAAGAGCGAGUCCAAGAAGUGUCAAAGUAUCUUGUGGAGGAAUUAAAAAAAACAAAAGGAUUGCCAUGUGACCCUACGUUCAUCCUUGGCUGUGCUCCUUGCAAUGUAAUCUGCUCUAUCAUUUUCCAGAAAUGUUUUGAAUAUAAAGACCAGAAAUUUCUAUAUUUAAUGAAGCUUUUAGAUGAAAAUGUCAAGAUUGUAAGUUCUCCAUGGCUGAAGGUGUACAAUUCUUUUCCAUCUCUAGUACAUCAUCUCCCUGGAUCUCAUCACAAAGCAAUUAAAAAUUAUCAUUUACAAUGUGAAUUUAUUUUGGAAGAAGUGAAGGAACACCAAAGAACAUUGGACCCCAGCAAUCCUAGGGACUUCAUUGACUGUUUCCUGAUGAAAAUGGAGCAGGAAAAGCAACAACCACAGUCUGAAUUUACCAUUGAAAGCCUGGUCUGUACUGCAAUUGACCUAUUUAGUGCAGGAACAGAGACAACAAGCACCACCCUGAAAUAUGGACUCCUGCUUCUCCUGAAAUACCCUGAGAUAGCAGGAAAACUUCAUAAAGAAAUUGAUCAUGUGAUUGGCCGAGAUCGAAGUCCCUGCAUGGAGGACAGAAACAAGAUGCCUUACACCAAUGCUGUCAUACAUGAGAUACAGCGAUACAUUGACCUUGUUCCCACCAACCUGCCCCAUGCAGUGUCAGAAGAUAUUCAGUUUAGACAAUAUCUUAUCCCCAAGGGAACCACCAUCAUACCAUUACUGUCUUCUGUUCUGUAUGAUGAUGAAGAGUUCCCUAAUCCGGACCAGUUUGACCCAGGUCACUUCCUGGAUGAAAGUGGCAACUUUAAGAAGAGCGACUAUUUCAUGCCUUUUUCAUCAGGCAAACGGAUAUGUGCUGGUGAGAGUCUGGCUCGGAUGGAAUUAUUUUUGUUUUUUACUACCAUCUUACAAAAUUUUACCUUGAAAUCUCCCAUUGACUCAAAAGAUAUCAACACCACCCCAAUUGCCAGUGGAUUUAUCAAAGUGCCCCCCUCCUAUGAGCUCUGUUUUCUACCUUCCUACAACAUGUGAAGGACCAACCCUAGUUCCAACUGCUUUAGAGUCUCCUCAUGUUCUAUGAACAAGAUGUAUUCAUUCCAUUGCCUGCCAAUGAAAGCCCUCUAUGAUUUCAGCCCAAUAUAUUCUUCUAGCAUAAUCUAAUACUCCCUUUGACUUUUGCCAAAAUCAUGAUUUAAUUUUCCUCAACGUUCCCCAGAAAUUCCCUGUUCCUGGAAUAUUUCUUCUUUUUUCUUCAUUUCAACUCCACUGACUGAAAUCUUACCCACCCUUCAAAUCACAAUUUAGGUGCCACAUCCUUGUGACCCCUUUAGCUCUCACAGUCUGUAUUAUUCAAUUUAAGCCUGAAUUAUAUAUGCAUCUUAUGUUGUGUGUUCUUUCA